GAUGUGUUGCCACAGGAAAUAGGCAUAAUCAUAGCGGAAGUAGUUUAAGAUAUCUUCGAUCAUUUUGCUAGCCGUGCAGAGGCAAACUGAAGCGAUCUCUCUGAAUCAAAACUCAGACAUCACCGUCAGCGGUGCCGAAGCAUGGAUGGAUAGUGUUUGUUUAAUUGGAUUUACGGACGUGGUUCCUGUCAGAAGAUAAUCCAUCACACCUGUGAGCAUUUUGGACUGUCACUCGGGACUCUGAUACAUACAGACAUAGAAGAAACACAACAGUUUAGCCUCCAGUGAAGCUCCGGUCCCUCCACUUUUCCUGUAGCCACCAGCAUGGCUAACAGCACCACAACAGCUGUUAAGGCUUUGGGAGCUCCUGGCCCUGCUGGCAGAAGUAGUCCAGAGGGAUCUCAGGUGCUCAGUAAGAAGAAGCUGCAGGACCUAGUGAGAGAGAUUGACCCAAAUGAGCAGCUGGAUGAGGAUGUUGAGGAGAUGCUGCUACAAAUUGCAGAUGACUUUAUAGAGAGUGUAGUGACAGCAGCCUGUCAACUGGCGCGCCAUCGCAAAUCCAACACCUUGGAGGUGAAGGAUGUUCAGUUACAUCUUGAACGCCAGUGGAACAUGUGGAUUCCUGGUUAUGGCUCAGAUGAGAUCCGGCCGUUCAAGAAGGCUUGCACCACAGAGGCUCACAAACAGAGAAUGGCACUGAUCCGCAAGACAACCAAAAAAUAGCAAGACUGUACAUUAAUAUGCUGUACCCAGUCUGUAAUUUCUUUUUUUUGGAUUGUUUUUGUUUGUUUUUUCCUUCUCAACUGGGAUGUUUUGGGCUAAAGUGAAGAAAAAGAGGGUUUGUUUGUUUUUUUUUUUUCUUUUGACAUUAGUGUUUCAUCGUCAUGUCUCCCUAAUUUUUGAGUGUUUUGCCAGCACCAUCACAAAAUAAUGUAAUUGUUGUCUCUGCUUCUUUUUUGUUUCCAUUAAGCUAAGCCUGGCAGAACUCUUUAUUCAUUGCAUUUUUGUCAAUAAACAUUUACUGGAAUACUUCUUUUGGAUUGUGACCACUGCUGUAUCCAGUGUGCCUUUUGAUACUCUUAGAUGUCAAUGUUACUGAUUCAUCUGCCUCCUUAAAAUGAUAUUUGACGUUAUCUUGACAAUAAUAGAUCAUCAUUUAUGCUGAGUCUGUAAAAGAUUAUGGUUCCCCUGUUUACCUGCUCUACUCAUAUUGCUGGUGAUUAUAGUUGUUUUUAUUACAUAGAGGAUUUAUAAUACCAAAUUCCUAUACUGCAAAUAGUGGCCAUAAAUACAGUAAAUUCUUUACCUUUGUUGUUGACAUGUAUAUGUUAUUCUCUUACUGAAUGUAGUGUGUUUUAUUACAUUAACACAUUUAUUUCAAC